AUGGAAAAGAACAAGCCUUACAGCAGUUUCCGAGAAAAGGAUCUAGGGAUUGCGCUCACGGUAGCAGGCCUUCCCAGGUUCACCAGCCAGCCAGAAUCAUCAUCUGUCUAUAAAGGAAACAGUGCAAUCCUUAACUGUGAAGUCAAUGUUGACCUUGCACCGUUUGUGAGAUGGGAGCAGGAUCGCCAGCCAGUCUUUCUGGAUGAUCGUGUGUUUAAAUUACCAAGUGGAGCUCUAAUUAUUAGCAAUGCUAGUGAUACGGAUGGAGGAGUCUAUCGCUGCAUCAUUGAAAGUGGUGGAACCCCCAAAUACAGUGAUGAAGCAGAACUCAAAAUUCUUCCAGAUCCCCAGGUGUCACAGAACUUGAUGUUUUUGAGGCAGCCCUCUUCACUUACUAAAGUUACUGGGCAAAGUGCGGUUUUUCCAUGUGUUGCCGUAGGAUUUCCAACUCCAUCUAUCAGGUGGACAAGAAAUGAAGAAGAGCUUAUCACAGAAGGCUAUGAAAGAUACCUUCUGCUCGCGGGAGGAAGUCUGGAGAUCAGUGAUGUUACGGAAGCGGAUGUUGGGACAUACACCUGCAGAGCGGAUAAUGGAAAUGAGACCAUCGAAGCUCAGGCAGAACUUACGGUUCAAGUUCCUCCUGAAUUUCUGAAGCGGCCUGCAAAUAUUUAUGCUCAUGAAUCUAUGGACAUUGUGUUUGAGUGUGAGGUGACUGGAAAACCCACUCCAACUGUGAAAUGGGUCAAGAAUGGCGACAUGGUGAUCCCAAGUGACUAUUUCAAAAUUGUUAAAGAACAUAAUCUGCAAGUUCUGGGUCUGGUGAAAUCAGAUGAAGGAUUCUAUCAGUGCAUUGCAGAAAAUGAUGUUGGAAAUGCACAGGCUGGAGCCCAGCUGAUAAUACUUGACCUUGAUGUUGCCAUCCCAACAUUACCUCCCACUUCACUGACCAGUGCCACUAAUGACCAUCUAGCACCAGCUACAACAGGACCAUUGCCUUCAGCCCCGCGGGAUGUCGUGGCCACCCUUGUCUCCACUCGCUUCAUCAGACUGACAUGGCGGACACCUGUAUCAGACCCUCAAGGAGACAACCUCACCUAUUCAAUCUUCUAUACCAAGGAGGGUAUAAACAGGGAACGCGUUGAAAAUACAAGUCGUCCUGGAGAGACACAAGUGAUGAUCCAGAACCUGAUGCCAGAAACGGUUUAUGUCUUUCGGGUUGUGGCUCAGAACAAGCAUGGCCCUGGAGAGAGCUCAGUACCACUGAAGGUGGCAACUCAGCCUGAGGUUCAACUUCCUGGUCCAGCACCCAAUAUCCGAGCAUACGCCAGUUCACCCACCUCCGUUACUGUCACCUGGGAAACGCCGUUGUCUGGCAAUGGAGAAAUCCAGAAUUACAAGCUCUAUUACAUGGAGAAGGGGCAGGACACUGAACAGGAUGUUGAUGUAGGAGGACUCUCCUACACCAUUAAUGGAUUAAAGAAAUACACAGAGUAUAGUUUCCGAGUGGUAGCUUACAAUAAACACGGUCCUGGAGUCUCAACCCAAGAUGUUGUCGUACAAACGUUGUCAGAUGUCCCCAGUGCUCCACCACAAAAUCUAACACUGGAGGUACGGAAUUCCAAGAGCAUCAUGCUACACUGGCAGCCACCUCCUGCAGGGACGCACAGUGGACAAAUCACUGGCUACAAAAUUCGCUACCGUAAAAUGUCCCGCAAGAGUGAUGUAACAGAAAGCAUUGGUGGGACCCAGCUUUUUCAACUAAUUGAAGGUCUUGAGCGAGGUACAGAAUACAGCUUCCGAGUAGCGGCCUUGACUGUUAAUGGUACUGGACCAGCUACUGACUGGAUAUCAGCAGAAACGUUUGAGAGUGAUCUAGAUGAAACUCGUGUUCCUGAAGUUCCAAGUUCCUUACAUGUCCGUCCGCUUGUCACCAGUAUCGUAGUAAGCUGGACUCCACCUGAAAACCAGAACAUCGUGGUGAGGGGCUACGCUAUAGGGUAUGGCAUUGGCAGUCCCCACGCACAGACCAUCAAGGUGGACUAUAAACAGAGAUACUAUACCAUUGAAAACUUAGAUCCAAGCUCCCACUAUGUCAUAACUCUGAAAGCCUUUAACAAUGUUGGUGAAGGAAUCCCUCUCUAUGAGAGUGCGGUGACCCGGCCUCACUCAGACACUUCCGAGGUUGAUUUGUUUGUUAUUAAUGCUCCAUACACUCCAGUGCCAGAUCCAUCUCCCAUGAUGCCACCGGUGGGAGUUCAGGCUUCCAUCCUGAGCCAUGACACCAUACGGAUCACUUGGGCAGACAACUCUCUGCCAAAGAACCAGAAGAUCACAGAUGCUCGCUACUACACAGUUCGCUGGAAAACCAAUAUUCCUGCAAAUACAAAGUACAAGACUGCAAAUGCAACCACUUUGAGCUAUUUAGUGACUGGGUUAAAACCAAAUACCUUGUAUGAAUUCUCCGUGAUGGUGACUAAAGGUCGAAGAUCAAGUACUUGGAGUAUGACAGCACAUGGAACAACUUUUGAAUUAGUUCCUACUUCUCCUCCCAAAGACGUGACUGUGGUGAGCAAAGAGGGAAAACCUCGGACAAUAAUUGUUAACUGGCAGCCUCCAUCCGAAGCCAAUGGCAAAAUUACAGGGUACAUCAUUUACUACAGUACGGAUGUGAAUGCUGAAAUACAUGAUUGGGUUAUUGAACCUGUCGUGGGAAACAGACUGACCCAUCAGAUACAAGAAUUGACCCUUGAUACGCCUUAUUAUUUCAAGAUUCAGGCCCGCAACUCGAAGGGCAUGGGGCCUAUGUCUGAGGCAGUUCAGUUCAGAACUCCAAAAGCUGAAUCCUCAGAUAAAAUGCCUAAUGAUCAAGCUUCAGGAUCUGCAGGGAAAGGAAGCCGCCCAGUGGACAUAGGACCAGAUUACAAACCUCCACUUGGGGGCAGUAACAGCCCCCAUGGAAGUCCUACUUCUCCCUUGGACAGCAACAUGCUCCUUGUAAUCAUAGUGUCUGUUGGAGUGAUCACCAUUGUGAUAGUGGUGAUAGUCGCUGUCUUCUGCACCCGUCGUACAACUUCUCACCAAAAAAAGAAACGAGCUGCCUGCAAAUCAGUGAAUGGGUCCCAUAAGUACAAAGGAACCUCCAAAGAUGUCAAACCUCCUGACCUUUGGAUCCAUCAUGAAAGGCUGGAGCUAAAACCCAUUGAUAAAUCUCCAGAUCCCAAUCCAAUCAUGACAGAUACCCCAAUCCCUCGCAACUCCCAAGACAUCACCCCAGUUGAUAAUUCCAUGGACAGCAAUAUCCAUCAAAGACGGAAUUCCUACAGAGGGCAUGAGUCAGAGGAUAGCAUGUCCACACUGGCAGGAAGAAGGGGAAUGAGGCCCAAGAUGAUGAUGCCUUUUGAUUCUCAACCACCUCAGCCUGUGAUUAGUGCUCAUCCCAUCCAUUCACUCGAUAACCCUCACCAUCAUUUCCACUCCGGCAGCCUCGCUUCUCCAACUCGCAGCUAUCUCCAUCACCAGGUCAGCCCGUGGCCGAUUGGCACAUCCAUGUCCCAUUCAGACAGGGCCAAUUCCACAGAAUCUGUUCGAAACACACCUAGCACGGACACCAUGCCAGCCUCCUCGUCUCAGACGUGUGCUGACCACCAGGAUCCUGAAAGCACCCCAGGGGCUUACCUGGCUAAUGCCCCAGAGGAGGACUCUGCUCAGAACCUCCCGACGGCGCACGUCCGUCCUUCCCACCCGCUGAAGAGCUUCGCGGUGCCGGCGGUUCCACCCCCCGGCUCCACCUACGACCCAGCACUGCCCAGCACGCCGCUGCUGACUCAGCAAGCUCCUAACCAUCCAGUUCACUCGGUGAAGACUGCGUCAAUUGGGACUUUAGGAAGAACCCGGCCUCCUAUGCCAGUGGUAGUUCCCAGUGCCCCUGACGUGCAGGAGACCACCAGGAUGCUGGAGGACUCAGAAAGCAAUUACGAACCGGAUGAGCUGACCAAAGAGAUGGCCCACCUGGAAGGACUUAUGAAGGACCUUAAUGCCAUCACUACAGCAUGACCACCUUCACCAGGACAUGACUCCAAACAAUUUCACAAGUCUUGGGACUCAGCCUUAAAAAAAAAAAAAAAAAAAAAAAAAGAAAAAAAAAAGAAAAGAGGGACAGCACAUGAGAACAUACACAGAAAGCAAACGAACCAACCAGUGCAUUUGUGCUACAGCUGGUGAAAAAGAGAUGACCUUUCCUGUCAUCGUCCUGCAAUGAAGUCAUUGCCAAGUUGAAUUCCUUUUACCUGCUGAGACCGUGCAGGAUGGGACGCAUCAGGCUGAAAUCUAGCAUCCAGACAAAAGGAAAAAAAAGUGGACUUCACAUACUUUUUUUUUUCUGGUCAGGUUUUGUCUCAGUGGUGUGAUUGCCCUGCCUUUUCAGUGUUGGACAUUCGCAUUUAUGUACAAUUUUAUUUGUGUUUUUAUUUUAUCUUUUUUUAUAAAAAGGAAAAAAUACUGUAAUAAAAAAAAAAAGAGAAACUGUUGUUUUCCACAGCCUAGACUGACAUUUGACUGCUUGUUCUAUUGUGUAUGAAAAUUCAUUGCCAGCGUGGGUUGUUCUGUUUUGUUUUUUAUUCUGCGUAUAAUUAUGUCCCCUUCUGGCAGUUAAUCCAUGGCCUUUUGGGAUGCUGCACUGCUAUUUGUAAGCUUUUUUAUUAUUUUUAUAUUAUAAUUAUUAAAAGCCUGACUUUCUCCUCUCAUCACUGUGAGAUUACCAGUCUGUUUGAAUUGAAAUGUAAUUUGAAAGGCUUGUUUGUCGCUUUUUGUGCAGUUUCAAUAUUUUGAGUGGGGAAAAGUAGAUGGGGAAGGGGAGGGGAUCCAGUGGGAGGUUUCAUUAUUGUUGUUUUCCUGUCUUUCUACAUUGACUCGAAAGACUGAAGAAAAUGAAAGCAUCUUCUGUAACGUCCUUCCUUGUAACUUCAGCAUACUGUGUCUCUGGUUACCGAAUUAAGUGAGAGUCUCAUUUAGAAACAUUAAAAAAAAAAAAAAUUCCUCCUGUAAAGUAGGGUUCCUUAUGUUUAGGUGACACUAGAGCUUAUUUUGGCAACAGUGCUCUGUUUUGUUGUUGUUAGUUUAAAGUGCAGGUUGAGCACUGGUUCAGCAUGGAGAGCUCAGCACAGGCAGCAGUGCACGGCGCUUCUCUGCUGGUGGGGCUUAGGUCUGACCUACCUGGACCUCGCAGAGGCAGAGAACUGUGAACCUCUUCUCAUCAGCAACAUACCCCGUCACACUUUUGAGAACACUACAUGUCCACAGGAUCCUUCAGCAGCAAGUCCAACCCCAGUGCAAUUUCUCUAUCCCAGGCCAUUAAAACAAGAAUCCUUCUCUUGAGGAUUCUUCAGAGACAUAAGCAAGGCAAAAAUGUAUUUUUUUACACUUUUGAAACCAUUUGAAAAGAAAAACAGUAUUAGCAACUCAGGUGCUGUUCACAUAUCUGUCUGGAAAGGAAGGAAAGUUCAAAGGGAAUUCCUAUAUGAAAGGAAGGAAAAAGGUUUUUUCUUCUCUCCUUGUAUGAUUGCCUGCCUCCGCCCUGUUCUGUAAGGAGGAAUGGCAUAAAAAGAAGGUAUUUUAGUUAAGCUAAUAUCCAGCUGCCCAACAAACUUGUGCCAUUUCACUUUCAAGAUGAAAGGAAACUCAAAACUUACUGGUGAUUCAGAGAGUGUGUUCCUCCCUCGCAGUCUGAUCUGUGGUCUGGGUGGUGACAGUGGGGGACACGCUGGUAACAGGCGUUUCAGGGGCAGGGCACUGCUGCUCUAGCCCACAGUGCCUCUGCUGCACAGCUGGACCUCUUGGAACAUUAAGAGGAAACUGUAACCUACUUAAAUU